GAAUGGAAUAAUCUUGCGGAAAGCAGGGGGGAAACGCCUACUCGUCGUAAGGGGGGGUCAUAUGAUCUAUUUUAGGAGGAAACAUUACGUCAGUAAUUACGUAUUGAGGAUAUAUAGAAGUUAAAUUUUGUAAAACCGAAAGAAAAUAAUGAUUAAAAUUUCAGUAAGGAGUAGAUUUUAGACUUGUCAGUUCUUUAUACACUAUGGGAAUCAACUCUACAUUUAAAGAUGCUGUUGAGCAAGCAACGAGUCCUAAUUUAGUUGAACCAAACUGGGCUGCCAUUCUGCAAGUGUGUGAUUCUAUUCGUCAAAACGAUGUGAGUGCAAAGGUAGCUGUGAAUGAAAUCAAAAAGAAGGUUCACGAUUCAAAUUCACAAACUUCAAAAAAUGCUCUUAUUACACUCGAGGCAUGUGUUAAAAAUUGUGGCUCUCCAGUUCACGAGGAAGUCGCCACAAGAGAGACAAUGGAUGAACUUAGAUCAUUAAUUACUGUAUGUAAAACUUUGUCAGAACCAGUGAAAGUAGAAAUUCUGAGAAUCAUCAAUGCUUUAGCUUAUGCAUUCCGAAAUGAGCCUAAAUACAAAAUUGUUGAUGAUACAAGAAAUUUGAUGAAAAUGGAAGGUUAUGAAUUUCCAGAAAGAAACGAAAGUGAUGCCAUGUUCAGUGCUCUUAAGGCACCUGAUUGGGCAGAAGGUGACACAUGUUACAAAUGCAAAGUAAAGUUUGGGACGUUCACACGUCAGCAUCAUUGUCGGUGUUGUCAAGUAUUUUGUGGAAAAUGUUCCUCCAAGAAUUCUGUCAUUCCAAAGUUUGGUAUUGUCAUCAUCUUUCAAUCAAAGACGAAAAAUUCCGAAAAUAGUGAUUUACCGGCAGAAUACUUGAACAGUUCUUUAGCAAAAGAAUCACAGGUUCCUGAGAAAAAAUCUGACGAAGAGAUUAAACGGCAAGAACAAGAAGAUCUUCAGUUAGCAAUGGCUUUAUCGGUUUCUGAACAAGAUAAAAAACGACCAGGGGAGAAAGACGAAAGAAGUCGAAUUAACCCGACGACGGUUGUUGAAACAAGACCGUCUGCACCUGCUAGACCAUCCAUUUAUAGUUACGCAUCUUCGGCAAUGAACGAGCAACAAGUGGAGACUGACUCAGAGUUGGAUCGUUAUUUAAACAGACCUUAUUGGGAGAAAAAAAGCGAAGAAUUACCCCCGCCAGCAUACUCCACAGAGCAAGAUUCAAGUUCGUCAAACAUAAACCCAACAGUUAAUGGCGAAACGCUAUCAACGUCACGUGAUGACGACGAGUGUGAAGCAUUCAAACAAGCAUUUAAAAGUAAUGUUGAGAAGUUAAGCGAACGAAUGCAGUAUAUUGCGUCAAAAGGAAGGCACAUAUCAAACGACAGUAUUGCUCAGUCUCUACAUCAAACAUUAAUCGCGACGCAGCCUCAAUUGAUGUCCUUAAUUCAACAACAAGAGCGGGGAAAAGAUAAAUAUGAGGGGUUGGAGGAGAAAUUGAGUGUAUUGACCGAAACAAGACGUUCACUAGAUGACAUGCGCAUUCAACAUCGCGAGAAGCUUCGUCAACAAGAGCUGGAGCAAGAUAUGUUGCGUCGAAUGCAGAUGGAACAAAAAAUGGAAUUGUUAAGACAACAGAAACAAGAAUACAUGUUGUAUCAGCAGCAAUUUCAAGCCCAGAGACCACAGGCACUUGAUCAAAUGGCAAAAGACCAAUUGACUGCCAACCAAUAUGGUUCUCAACAACCUGGUUUACAGAAGAUACCGGGCAUGUACCACCAACCCCAUAUAUCCAUGGAACACCCAACAACUAUCAAGCGGUCACCCCUCCUGCACAACAAUAUCGUGCUGCUGGUCAAGAGGUUCCCACCGCCCAACUUCAAAACAUGUCCUUACGGGGAGUACAAGCUGGCAAUCAGGGGCCAAGUAUCAAUGGACAAGUACCUCAUGGCUAUCAAUCUUUAGCAAAU